AGUUGCUCUAGUUGCUCGUAAAUACUGGCUUUCCACGAUGGAUAGCUUUUCAGUCUCUUUUCAUAGUUAAUCUGAACCAUACUGGCAAUUCCACUCCAUGGCUUCGUCCGCUGUUUUUGGACUUCGUAGCCUUCCAUUGCAUUCAUGGGCAUUUGAUGAAAAACAAGCGACUCAGACAAAAUUUGCAUCCAAUACUGAAUUUGCGAUAUUGAGUUUGUAUCCUGAAGAAUCACUUGAGCCGCUUUCCUUUCAGCGUGGUUGACACGCAAUUCAUCUUUUCCACUCAUUCUAGCAGAAACAAUCAAAUAAGCAGCUAUCAAAAUACCCUUCAUAUGUUCAAUCCUCAUGUUUUCCACUACCGUUGUUUUCACCAAUUCCUUUACAUAAGGGAUAGCUGAAAGACUGCCCAUUCUUGUACAUAGAAAGGGAACAUCAUUCAGAAUAUCAUGCUGCGCAUAUAGAUCUUUUGUCAAAGGACGAAGAACCUCUUGAAAAUAUGUGAACUGCUUUUCGUAUUUCUUCUUAGGAAUUGGCGUCGCGUUAACAUGGAUUUCUAUAUUUAGUCUUCCUUUCAGACUUUCUCAAUAUUAGUACCUUAUAUUUCUUGAUUCAACAAACGUACAUCUCGCAUGCUAAAUGUGCUGCCAUAUACGGUCUACAAGGCUCUUCUGUUGCUUUCAAAACAACUUUAGAUCUCGACCAGGCUAAAAACGACUCUGCUAAGCUUAUAAGCCUGUCAUUGUAUUCCGUCUCUUCAGGAAGUAAUUUUCGAAAGCAAUCGAUCACCUGUUGUCUUUCCAUCAAAGGUACCUUUUGUCUUUUAAAGGAAAAUUUACGGACCACUAGAAGAGCUCAAUACUCUUGUCAAUUCUUCACCUUUUUAUUUUUAUUUCUUCGUUUAAUUUCCUUCAGCUGGUAACAGUUAGCUUGUAUCUACCUUUUUCUUGUUGGUUUCACUUGGUUUACCAGAAUUCGCGUAGCAAUACUGUACUAAACAAAAUUACUCAUGCCAAAUGGACAGAGGAAUGAAAUCCAUUCUCUUCAUUGUUCUGUUAUUUUCUUUUUUCAUAUAGAUGCCACCUAAUUGAGAUUUAAUUAAACUUUCCCUUACAAAGUUUUUCAACCUGCUCUUCUCAACUUCUAGUGUAUACCAAAACAACGUACCUAUAUCCCCAACAAGUUUGUUUUUCUGUAAUUUCCAUCGAAGAAGGGGAUAUUUACUAUAUGAGUGAAUAUAAUCAGUAUGCAAAAGGAUACGGAAAGCAAUCCGUGGCCUGACUCCUUGAAGGAAUUUAUAGGUAAAUGUAUUCAAGAUGCUGAAGAAAACAACCAAAGUGGUUUGCAAGACGAAGUAAAAAUUCUGAUUUCUCGACAAUAUGAAAAUGGGAAUAUAUGGAAUAUCGAUUGGUCUACGAUGAAUUUCGACGCUUUGCGAAGAUUAACUGCAAUUCAGGAUCAGAUGCAGGAAGAGAAGAAACGCAAGCUAGACCAAUCAAGUGAUAGUAUAGUCUUGAAUGAUCAAAAAGAACAAGCAAAAAAAGAAAAGAGGAAACGUAGGUUUCUUGCCGAUGAACGCUCAUCUACUCCUUCUGUAUCAGAGGAAUCUAAAUAUUUCACUGAUAAUGGAGCAAUCAUUGGGAGAUCCACUGCUUUAGAAAAAAGUUAUCUUCGUCUAACUUCUUCACCUGAUCCUAAUACCGUUCGACCACUUCCGAUUCUGAAACAAACACUGGAGUUAUUGAAAAGGAAGUGGAAAGAGGAGAAGAAUUACGCCUAUAUUUGUGAUCAAUUCAAAAGUUUGAGACAGGAUCUUACUGUUCAGAGAAUACAGAAUGAUUUCUCUGUGCUGGUUUACGAGAUUCACGCUCGAAUAGCUUUAGAAAAGGGAGACGUAGGUGAAUACAAUCAAUGCCAAACUCAAUUAUUUCAUUUAUAUGGAUUUGGAAUUCCUGGAAAGGUCAAAGAAUUCUUGGCAUAUAGAAUUCUUUACAUGCUUUACACAAAAAACCGGUCAGAAAUGAAUAGUCUUUUGGCAAACAUGACUGAUCAAGAAAAAGAGGAUUCAGCUGUUCAGCAUGCUCUAGAGGUUCGAUCAGCAAGUGCUACUGCCGAUUACUACAAAUUCUUCCAGUUAUAUUUAACUGCUCCUAAUAUGGGUGGGUAUUUGAUGGAUCUUUUUGUCAUAAGAGAACGAGUCAAUGCCAUGUACACGAUUUCAAGGGCAUACCGACCGUCCGUUCCCGUUGAUUUUAUAGCCAAUACUCUGGCGUUUGAAGAUAUGGAUGAAUGCAAAAAAUUUCUUAUUGAUUGUCAAUCUGUAUUUGACCCCAAUGAUUCAGAACGUGUAUUAACGAAAGAAAGCAUCGAUAAAUUCGAUGCCGUCAGGAAAAAAUAUACGGUUGUUGAUAUUAAAGGUCAAAUCUAAGUACUUCCUUAUUUUAUUUUAUUUCAUUUUUUGAUUGGUUAUUAAGAUCGAAUAUAAAUAAAAAAGCGAUAUAAGUUGGUCCCUUAUUAAUAAUUUGAAUGGUAGGAAUUUUCCAAAACCUUUCUCCUGAAAACCAUCAGCAAUAGACAUUAGCUCAGACACUCUUUUUUCUAAAUAUGAAUAUAUCCCUUUUUGAGAAUCCUCUUUGUUCUAUAUUUUUCGGCCUUGCGUUUUCAGAACUCACAACAGUCUGAAGAUCGAAUCCGUGCUGCUCUAAAAUUUCUGGGAAAUUUUCCGGCCGUAUUUGAAUUUUAUGAAGCGAUUUCUCAAAAAACUAAGACUGGUUAGCUAUGCCUAAUUAAAAAGAAAACCUCCUUACUAGAAACUUUUUUGCUGCUUUAAGAUACGAAUCCCACGACUGGGGUUCAAUAAUGAGUACACCAUCUGGUUCCAAUACAGCAUGCAUUUUUUUGAAAAAUGACAGUAAGCCUUCAUCUAGUCCGUUUAAAUGGAUCCAUUUUGUAACAGAGAGAGCUAGAACUGUGUGAAAGCGUUCAUUGGGUUGCCAUCUGAGGAUAUCCACAGCACGAAAGUGAACGUUGUGAGGAAAUCCUUCUUCAUUCAGGGGUUUCUGGAACUUUAUCUGGAUCCUUGAAAACUUCUUAAUGCUGGAUAUUGGAUAAAAGUUUUGUCUUGAAACCAUCGGACGAUGGUCAUAAGAAGGGCCGACCCUAGAAGCAACAAAUUCGAGAUGCUUAUCUGCUUUCUUAAUUAAAGUUGGAUCUAUAUCAAUCCCUAAAACAUACUUGACGCUAAAUAAAGAUGCAACCUGUGUUGUUAUGGUUCCAUUGUUGCAACCGACGUCUAAAACAGACGUGUUUUUAAAUAGAUCUUUUGGUAAAGCUUCAAUACGAGAAUCUAGUAGACAUCCAUUGC